AUGCUCCAGACCUAUCGGGUGCUUUCCUCCCAGGCUGGCUCCUCUGCUGGGGGCUGGCAGAGGCUCCGCUUUGACAGUGGGGCCUUUCACCUCAAAGGCACAGGAGAGCUCACCAGAGCACUACUGGUGUUGCGGCUGUGUGCCUGGCCUUCUCUGGUCACCCACGGGCUGUCGCUUCAGGCCUGGUCUCAUCGACUCCUGGGCUCUCGGCUCUCGGGUGCCCUUCUCAGGGCAUCCAUCUAUGGGCAGUUUGUGGCUGGUGAGACUGUGGCAGAGGUGAGGAACUGUGUCCGGCAGCUUAAGCACCUAGGCCUGAGGCCCCUGCUGGCAGUGCCCACUGAGGAGGAGCCAGACUCAGCUGCCAAGACUGGUGAGGCGUGGUAUGAGGGGAACCUCAAUGCCAUGCUGCGGUGUGUGGACCUGUCGCGAGGUCUUCUGGAGACCCCUGGCCCGGCUGGGAACAUCCUCAUGCAGCUGAAGAUGACAGCGCUGACCAGCACCUGGCUCUGUAAGGAGCUAACCUCAUUGGUCAGGGACCCAAAGGCUUCCUUGGAGGUGAGCCCUGAGAAGCUGGCAGACGCCAUGGACUCUACACAGGACCUUCAAAUCUCCUGCCUCAAUGCAGAGCAAACCCGGCAUUUCCGGGCCUCUCUGAGCCGCUUGCACCGCGUAGUACAGUAUGCCCGGACCCAGCACGUGAGAGUCCUAGUGGAUGCUGAGUAUACCUCUCUGAACCCUGCACUCUCGCUGCUGGUGGCUGCCCUAGCUAUGCGCUGGAACAAGGAGGGCGGGCCUUGGGUUUGGAACACCUACCAGGCCUAUCUGAAGGACACACACGAGCGGCUGAGGCGGGAUGCUGAGGCUGCAGACAGGGCUGGCUUGGCCUUUGGAGUGAAGUUGGUACGAGGGGCUUACCUGGACAAGGAGAGAAAGGAAGCCCGGCUCCAAGGGACUGAAGAUCCCACCCAGCCUGACUAUGAGACCACCAAUCAGAGUUAUAACCGCUGUCUGGAGCUGAUGCUGACCCAUGUGUCCCGCCGUGGCCCUCUGUGCCAUCUCAUAGUGGCUUCCCACAAUGAGGAAUCUGUUCACCUGGCAACCAAGCGAAUGUGGGAGCUGGGCAUUCCUCUGGAUGGGCCUGUCUGUUUUGGACAACUUCUUGGGAUGUGUGACCAUGUCUCCCUUGCACUAGGACAGGCCGGCUAUGCUGUAUAUAAGUCCAUCCCCUAUGGCUCCCUGGAGGAGGUGAUCCCCUACUUGAUCCGGAGGGCCCAAGAGAACCGGAGCGUGCUGCAAGGUGCCCGCAGAGAACAGGAGCUGCUCGGCCAAGAGCUAAGGCGGAGGCUGCUGAGGAGGACCUGA